AUGAGACUGCACCUGAGACCAGACCCGCCCAGGCAGCCGGGAGACCAGACCCGCCCAGGCAGCCGGGAGACAGACCCGCCCAGGCAGCCGGGAGACCAGACCCGCUUUAACAGGCAGCCGGGAGACCAGACCCGCCCAGGCAGCCGGGAGACCAGACCCGCCCAGGCAGCCGGGAGACCAGACCCGCCCAGGCAGCCGGGAGACCAGACCCGCCCAGGCAGCCGGGAGACCAGACCCGCCCCGUCUCCCAGGCAGCCGGGAGACCAGACCCGCCCAGGCAGCUGGGAGACCCGCCCAGGCAGCUGGGAGACCAGACCCGCCCAGGCAGCUGGGAGACCAGACCCGCCCAGGCAGCUGGGAGACCAGACCCGCCCAGGCAGCUGGGAGACCAGACCCGCCCAGGCAGCUGGGAGACCAGACCCGCCCCGUCUCCCAGGCAGCCGGGAGACCAGCCCGCCCAGGCAGCUGGGAGACCAGACCCGCCCAGGCAGCUGGGAGACCAGACCCGCCCCGUCUCCCAGGCAGCCGGGAGACCAGCCCCGCCCAGGCAGCCGGGAGACCAGACCCGCCCAGGCAGCCGGGAGACCAGACCCGCCCCAUCUCCCAGGCAGCAGAGAGACCAGACCUGCCCCGUCUCCCAGGCAGCUGGAGACCAGACCCGUCCCGUCUCCCAGGCAGCCGCAGCCUGGGGAACAUUCUCCCCAUUACUCAAACCCUUACCUUACUUUGUCCCGUCCUGUUCUACUCUGCUCUGCUCUGCUCUGGCCCGCUCUGCCCUCCUCUGCUCUGCUCUUCUCUGGCCCGCUCUGCCCUACUCUGCCCUGCUCUGGCCCGCUCUACCCUGACCCGCUCUGGCCCACUCUGCUCUGCUCCGGCCUGUUCUACCCCGGCCUGUUCUACUCUGGCCCGUCCUACCCCGGCCUGUUCUACUCUGGCCCGUCCUACCCCGGCCUGUUCUACUCUGGCCCGUCCUACUCCGGCCUGUUCUACUCUGGCCCGUCCUACCCCGGCCUGUUCUACUCUGGCCCGUCCUACUCCGGCCUGUUCUACUCUGGCCCGUCCUACCCCGGCCUGUUCUACUCUGGCCCGUCCUACCCCGGCCUGUUCUACUCUGGCCCGUCCUACUCCGGCCUGUUCUACUCUGGCCCGUCCUACUCCGGCCUGUUCUACUCUGGCCCGUCCUACCCCGGCCUGUUCUACUCUGGCCCGUCCUACCCCGGCCUGUUCUACUCUGGCCCGUCCUACCCCGGCCUGUUCUACCCGUCUGGUUCUACCGUCCCGUCCUACUCCGGCCUGUUCUACUCUGGCCCGUCCUAUCCCGGCCUGUUCUACUCUGGCCCGUCCUACCCCGGCCUGUUCUACUCUGGCCCGUCCUACUCCGGCCUGUUCUACUCUGGCCCGUCCUACCCCGGCCUGUUCUACUCUGGCCCGUCCUACCCCGGCCUGUUCUACUCUGGCCCGUCCUACCCCGGCCUGUUCUACUCUGGCCCGUCCUACCCCGGCCUGUUCUACUCUGGCCCGUCCUACCCCGGCCUGUUCUACUCUGGCCCGUCCUACUCCGGCCUGUUCUACUCUGGCCCGUCCUACCCCGGCCUGUUCUACUCUGGCCCGUCCUACCCCGGCCUGUUCUACUCUGGCCCGUCCUACCCCGGCCUGUUCUACUCUGGCCCGUCCUACUCCGGCCUGUUCUACUCUGGCCCGUCCUAUCCCGGCCUGUUCUACUCUGGCCCGUCCUACCCCGGCCUGUUCUACUCUGGCCCGUCCUACCCCGGCCUGUUCUACUCUGGCCCGUCCUACUCCGGCCUGUUCUACUCUGGCCCCCUGUUCUACUCUGGCCCGUCCUACCCCGGCCUGUUCUACUCUGGCCCGUCCUAUCCCGGCCUGUUCUACUCUGGCCCGUCCUACCCCGGCCUGUUCUACUCUGGCCCGCUCUGCCCUACUCUGCCCUGCUCUGGCCCGCUCUACCCUGACCCGCUCUGGCCCACUCUGCUCUGCUCCGGCCUGUUCUACCCCGGCCUGUUCUACUCUGGCCCGUCCUACCCCGGCCUGUUCUACUCUGGCCCGUCCUAUCCCGGCCUGUUCUACUCUGGCCCGUCCUACCCCGGCCUGUUCUACUCUGGCCCGUCCUACCCCAGCCUGUUCUACUCUGGCCCGUCCUACCCCGGCCUGUUCUACUCUGGCCCGUCCUACCCCGGCCCGUCCUACCCCGGCCUGUUCUACUCUGGCCCGUCCUACCCCGGCCUGUUCUACUCUGGCCCGUCCUACCCCAGCCUGUUCUACUCUGGCCCGUCCUACCCCGGCCUGUUCUACUCUGGCCCGUCCUACCCCGGCCUGUUCUACUCUGGCCCGUCCUAUCCCGGCCUGUUCUACUCUGGCCCGUCCUACCCCGGCCUGUUCUACUCUGGCCCGUCCUACCCCGGCCUGUUCUACCCCGGCCUGUUCUACUCUGGCCCGUCCUACCCCGGCCCGUCCUACCCCGGCCUGUUCUACUCUGGCCCGUCCUACCCCGGCCCGUCCUACCCCGGCCUGUUCUACUCUGGCCCGUCCUAUCCCGGCCUGUUCUACUUUGGCCUGUUCUACUCUGGCCCGUCCUAUCCCGGCCUGUUCUACCCCGGCCUGUUCUACUCUGGCCUGUUCUACUCUGGCCCGUCCUACCCCGGCCUGUUCUACUUUGGCCUGUUCUACUCUGGCCCACUCUGCUCUGCUCCGGCCUGUUCUACCCCGGCCUGUUCUACUCUGGCCCGUCCUACCCCGGCCUGUUCUACUCUGGCCCGUCCUACCCCGGCCUGUUCUACUCUGGCCCGUCCUAUCCCGGCCUGUUCUACUUUGGCCUGUUCUACUCUGGCCCGUCCUACCCCGGCCUGUUCUACUUUGGCCUGCUUGAAACGCUGA